UGAUCAGCGAUAACAGGGAAGGUCAGGGGUGCCGACAGCAGGCCCGAAGGAAAAAUGGCGGAGGCUGUACCUGACACCCGGCGGCUGCUCACCAAGCCCCAGAGCAUCAACGACGCCUACGGGCCACCCAGCAACUUCCUGGAGAUCGACGUGGGUACUCCGCAGACGGUAGGGGUUGGCAGGCAGCGUUACACCACCUACGAGGUCCGGAUCAAGACUAAUCUUCCAAUCUUCAAGCUGAAGGAAUCUUCUGUCAGAAGAAGAUACAGUGAUUUUGAAUGGCUGAGAAAUGAACUUGAAAGGGAAAGCAAGGUUGUAGUGCCACCAUUACCUGGAAAAGCACUAUUUCGUCAGCUUCCAUUUAGAGGGGAUGAUGGAAUAUUUGACGAUAGUUUUAUAGAAGAAAGAAGACAAGGACUUGAGCAGUUCAUUAACAAAGUUGCUGGGCAUCCUUUGGCACAGAAUGAACGAUGUCUUCAUAUGUUUCUUCAAGAAGAAAUCAUAGACAAGAACUACACACCUGCAAAAGUGAAGCAUGCACAAACAGUGUGAAUGGACUAAAACACUGAUUCUUUUUCCCCGAGCAAUCCUUCCAUACCAAUUUAAUUAUGGCUUUGGUUAAUCCUCAGUGCAUCUUUCUACUUGAUGUUUCUGAAAGCAGAACUUCUGUGCAGAUCACAAACCAGGAAGAUCUACAUUCAGGAUUUAGAGCAAGCUCCUGUAAUUUGGCAUUGUAUAACCUUUUUGCUUUUUCAUUCUGAAGCCUUAAAUUGAGUAAAGAAAAUUGCUGAUGGAUUUUGUUCUUUGUGCCCAGAUGUUACACUUGGCAGAAAUUGCUGUCAGAUUUAUCUGGUAUAAGUAUAGCAUUUCUAACUUUUUAUCUGAUGCUUCAUCAGUUGAGAAUAUUUUUAUAAUGCAUGUGCUUUGUAAAUUAAUAAUCUAGCUGAACAUUAUACACUUGGCAAGAUGUCUGCUUUUGAAAAGAAUAUAGAUGGUAAAAGAUUUGUUUGAGCCCAAGCUGAAAUUGAAAUUCCAGCUUCUGGAAUGUUCUUUCAGACUGAACUGCAAUAUUAUUGUUGCUGUCUAACUUCCACUCUCUCUUCUUUCCCCAAUUGCUUGAAAAGCCCACAUCUAUUUAUGAUGUCCAUAACUCUGGCUGUUAUAAUUAUGUAUCAAAGUUCCAUUUAAAUUUGUUCCCUGAAAUAAGUUUUUGUACCAAACUUUUCUUGAUAAAAGUCUGUUUAUUUCUGUUUGCCAAACACUAAAACUCACCUUCUGUAAA